CAAAGGGCAGUUGGCGGCCUGUAAGAGCACGAGCGUCUCACGUGUGCGUCCAAUCUUCCGGCGCGGAUAUGGACACGCGUCCAAGCACGACGUCAGCGGCUCCCCCCGUCCCCUGGCACAGCCCUCUACCCAUGUCAUCCGCCCUACUUCCUUUUUGUUCUCUCACCCCCUUCCUUCCCGAACCCUAACCCUGGAAAUUCCCAACCUUCCUGCCCUCAAAACCCUAACCCUGGAUUCCUCCAAACCCAUUCUCUGAUGGCUUCUCAACCACCGCCUUGACGAGGCGAGCAAUUCGUCACGGUGCGGUCCAAGCAUCAGCUUCUCCACCUCGAUUCGCUUCAAAGAUAAGUUUUAUGUAAUUCUGGGUCAUUAUCUGGUUUCUUGGUUCUUGAAUCCGCGGAUAGCCGGAGACUCUGAUGGCGUUUUUAAUGAGGAAAGUGUGCGGAUCCUUGCUAAGCCGCUUAGGUUCGACUUCGGGUCGGAGCUCGUCGGAAUUCCCGGCCGAUUACCCCUCGAUGGGCGCCUUUGAUCAGCUCCCGGUCGAUGUCUUCAUACAGAUUCUUAGGUUCCUCGGACCGAAGGAGGUCGCAAAGACGAGUCUUGUCUGCAAGUCCUGGAAGCUUUUGGCGUCGGAAAAUAGGCUUUGGAUCUUCUUCUUCCAGAACGGGAAGGAGUCCUGGGAUUCUAUACUUUUUUCGGAGACUCACUUGAGAUUGGGCACUUCUUCCAUGACAUACUAUGAUCAGUCACCACAGUUAUCAUUCAUGAACAUUUAUGCAAUGCGUGCCACAGUUCCAGGUUCUGUUAUCAUUGAUGGUGGAUCAGGAUAUUGCAAGUUUGGCUGGAGCAAGUAUGAUUCUCCUUCUGGACGUUGUGCUACUUUUUUAGCUGUUUUGGCAUUGUAUGCUGCAAAGCGCACUUCUGGAAUUGUUGUCAAUAUUGGUUUCCAUGUCACCUCCAUCGUCCCGAUUCUUCGAGGAAAGGUGAUGCGUGAGGUGGGUGUUGAAAUUGUGGGACAAGGUGCCUUAAAACUUACUGGAUUUCUUAGGGAGCUAAUGCAGCAGAGAAAUAUAAGUUUUGAGUCACUAUACACGGUUCGAACAAUCAAGGAGAAACUAUGCUAUGUGGCCAGGGAUUAUGAAGCAGAGCUAUGUAAAGAUACGCAAGCAUCAUGCGAGGUUGCAGGUGAGGGUUGGUUCACUCUGUCAAAGGAGCGCUUCCAAACUACAGAGAUCCUUUUCCAGCCACAAAUUGGAGGGAUGCGUGCAAUGGGUUUGCAUCGAGCUGUAGGUCUUUGUAUGGAUCAUUGUUUUGCGGCAGAAGUGGCUAGUGAUAAUGGAUGGUUUAAAACUGUGGUUUUAGCAGGUGGAUCUUCAUGCUUACCUGGACUGCCAGAGAGGUUAGAGAAAGAGCUGUACAAACUUUUUCCACCAUCCAUGUCUGAUGGAAUAAAAGUCAUCCCCCCACCAUAUGGCACUGAUUCUGCCUGGUUUGGAGCAAAGGUUGUCAGCAAUGUGAGCACUUUCUCUGAGGCAUGGUGCACAACGAAAAAACAGUUUCGCCAGAAGUUCCGCCGCAAUGUGACAUCUCUCAUUGGUGCAUGGUGACAAACAUGUGGCUUGUUUCAAGCCCAGACUUGGGAGGUCACUGGCCUCCUUUGUUUGCAGACAGAAAGUGAUACUUUGGUAAGGCUACCGAGUCAAGCUACUACAUCAUAAAUGGAGAUUCCAUAAUGUUCUCAGAGCGAAUACACUCUCCAAUCUUGAAAUGUAGCUAAUUCUCAAUAAAUGUCAUUAUUUCACCUCAUCUUGUGGCAUUUUAUUGUGAAAAUGCAUGCUGUUGCAAAGUGUUGUAUAUAAUGUAUGUAUAAGACGUAAGAAUAAUCAUUAAUCGUGCUGUAUUAGUAACAGCGCUCCAGAUAUCGGCGUAAAAUGUUGCGUAAGAACUAAAUAAUAAAACAGAUUCAUAUGACAUUUCUUUUGAA